CGCAGCGGCCCAAGAUGGACGCGCCGGCGCUACUCGCCGCUGCGGCCCCGGCCCCACGCGGACCCCAGCUCGGCGGCGGCCCUGGCCGGACCCGCAGAACCCCGGGCUCCGCGCACCGCCGCCUGCUGCUGCUGCGGGACCCCGAGGACGGCGCGCAGGAGCCGCGGCGCGGGGAGGCCCGGCCGGCGGGCUCCGGCGGCGGCGACUCCUUCGUGGUGCUGCUGGAAGUGGCGCGCGGCGCGGCCGAAGUCCCGGGGCGGCGGGAGACCGAGCCCGAGCCCGGCGCCGCCGCGAGCCCGGCCGGCCGCCCUGCGCAGGUCCCCGGCGCCGCGCCCCUCGUGGGUCCCCGGGCCGCCGGCGGCCAGGACCUGCUGGUGCACUUGGAGCGCGGCGUCCUCGCGCUGGCCGCGCCGUCCCGCCGUCCGCCGCCCGGCCAGGAGGCCUCCAGCCCGGCAGGGGCCCGCCGCGCGUCCGCCGGCCCCGGGUACCGCUGCCCCGAGCCGCAGUGCGCGCUCGCCUUCGCCAAGAAGCACCAGCUCCAGGUGCACCUGCUGACGCACGGCGGCGGCCAGGGCCGGCGGCCCUUCAAGUGCCCGCUGGACGGCUGCGGCUGGGCCUUCACCACGUCGUACAAGCUCAAGCGGCACUUGCAGUCGCACGACAAGCUGCGGCCUUUCGGCUGCCCGGUGGGCGGCUGCGGCAAGAAGUUCACCACCGUGUACAACCUCAGGGCGCACAUGAAGGGCCACGAGCAGGAGAGCCUGUUCAAGUGCGAGGUGUGCGCCGAGCGCUUCCCCACGCACGCCAAGCUCAGCUCGCACCAGCGCAGCCACUUCGAGCCGGAGCGGCCCUACAAGUGCGACUUUCCCGGCUGUGAGAAGACGUUCAUCACAGUGAGUGCUCUGUUUUCCCAUAACCGGGCCCACUUCAGGGAACAAGAACUCUUUUCUUGCUCUUUUCCUGGAUGCAGCAAACAGUAUGACAAAGCCUGUCGUCUGAAAAUCCACCUGAGAAGCCAUACAGGCGAAAGACCUUUUAUCUGUGAUUCUGACAGUUGUGGCUGGACCUUCACGAGCAUGUCUAAACUCCUAAGGCACAAAAGGAAGCACGAUGAGGACCGCCGCUUCCCCUGCCCCGUCGAGGGCUGCGGGAAGUCGUUCACCAGGGCCGAGCACCUCAAGGGCCACAGCGUCACCCACCUGGGCACCAAGCCCUUCGCGUGUCCCGUGGAAGGGUGCUGUGCCAGGUUCUCUGCACGGAGCAGCCUCUACAUUCACUCCAAGAAGCACCUGCAGGACGUGGCCGCUCCGAAAAGCAGGUGCCCGGUGUCCAGCUGCCACAGGCUCUUCGCUUCCAAGCACAGCGUGAAGGCCCACAUGAUCAGGCAGCACCACCGGCACCCAGACCUCUUCCCUCCGCUGGGAGCUCCAAGCGCGCUCGCGCCCAGUAGUGGCCUCAGCAGCCCCAGCCAGAGUGAGUUCAGCAGCGUGGACCUGGCGGUCCUCUUCUCCGACACGCCUGGCGACAGCGGUGGUGCCCCCAGGACCUCCGACGGGGCGCUGCGCACGGGGAUCCUGACUGUCGAUGUGACUUCUGUGAGCGCCUCUCUCGGGGGGGGCCUCCCUGCCAGUCAGGCUGCCUCAGGGCCCAUGGGCCCCCUGGUCUUGGUGGCCCACAGUGACGUCCCACCAGGCCCGGACAGGCCCCUCGUCCUCGGGACGGCAGCCACGGUUCUCCAGCAGGGCAGCCUCGCUGCAGAUGACAUGCAGGCUGUGGACGCAGGGGCGCUGGGCUGUCUGGUGGCUCUGCCCGUGAAGAGCUUGAGUCGGGACCCCCAGGCUUUCACCUCUGCAAGCGGCCCCCAGGGAGACAGCAGUGCCCCUGAGCUGCUGGUUCCCAUCAAAGUGGAACCGGACUCGGCCCCCGGCCCCGACGCCGUCAGACAGCAGGCGUGGAGUGGAGGGGUGCCGCGGCCUGUGGAGUCCAGCCCUGCAGAGGAGCUCGGACCUCGGAAAGACGCGGGACUUGGUGCGGGGACCGGCGGCUUCUACUUGCUGUGUGACGUGGGCCAGCCGGGCGUCUGUGAGCCCAGAAGGCGCGUGGCGAAGGGGCCGCAGGAAGGCGGGGGCUCAGCAAGAACUGAUUCCCGAGCCAUUCAACUAGCCAAGGAAAAAAAGCAGAAAGGAGCUGGGAGCCACACAGGAGGUGCUCCCUGCAGCUGGAGGGGCCGCUGGGCCCGAGGACACGUGGAGCUCGGGCAGCACGGUCGGCCUGUGGGCCCUGCAGUGAAACCAGCUCUGCCUGGGCCGAGGGCGCCGCUUGGAAGGCUGGCCUCGUUCUUCAGAGACUUUGGGUACAUUUUCGCAAGUGUUUUUCUUACGUUUUAUCAGGGACCCGUUUGGGGCCGUACCAUCCUCUCAGGGCAGAGCGUGCCUUUUCCCGCUCGGCUGUGCACGCGGCCUGCAUCCGCCUGAGCUUGCUGCGUUUAAAAACGGCCGCCCAGGGAAGAGGACGGAGCCUCCGCGGUGGCCCCUGACGGGGCUUCCGCACUGGGCGCAGCGUCUGGCUGAGCGCGAACAGGCUGUCCCCACCCUCGGCGGGGGUCGCCGUUGGGCUGGGGUGGCACCGGGUCUAGCAGCCCAGGCGGCCUGGUGUCAGGGGAACGUGAUGGGUGACGAGGCCCCCAGGCCCUGUCACAGCCCCUGCACAGACCAAAUAUAGAGUUAACCCUUUUAAAGUGA